UGCAUUCCUUGGUUGACGCAAGUGGACGUGAGUUGACGCGAUUUACGGUGGGAACAUAAAAUGACCCGACGACCUUUCCACACGCGUUUCUGUUUUUGGAUUGGCGACGGUGAAAUUUAAUUAAAAUUAUUAUCUACGAUUCAUCAUGACAGAACCAAAGGCUACGAAAAAGACAGAAACAUUUAGCUUUGGUCCUUGGACCAUAACAAGUGUAAAGGGCCACAUCUUAAAGUCUGUCUGCCAAAGCCCACAAAAGUGUUCGGUGAUUUUUGGAAGUGACCCCAAAGAAGGACCUUGUGUAGUGUGCAGAUACCAGCGUUCACUUGAGCUGCCCCAACUGCCUGAGAUGGUGUUUGGAGAUAACGUCUUAAGAAUCGAACAUCAAGCUGGAUUUGGUAUAGAGUUCAACGCCCUGGAUGCUUUGAAGCUAGUAGACGCUCAUCAGGACCUUUUAAAAGUUGCAGUUGCUAAAGCCUGGCAAGAGGCUAGAAAAACAAAUGAGUUCAUCAAAGAAGUCGUAAAACCUUUCGACUGGACAUAUACAACAGAUUACAAAGGAACAUGCCUUGAAACUAAAGCAAAGAUUCAAGUCAUACACCCCACCGACCUCAGAAUUGAUGUUGAAAAGCUGAAGGUACGAGAGAAGAUUUAUUUCUUUGAUGAAAUUGUACUAUUUGAAGAUGAGCUAGCAGACAAUGGCUGUGCAAUGCUAACUGCUAAAUUGAGAGUUAUGCAAACUAGUUUCUUUGUCUUAUUAAGGUUCUAUUUACGAGUAGAUGGUGUUUUAAUCCGAAUAAAUGACACACGUUUUUACCAUGAGGCUGAUAAAAAUUACAUUAUUCGUGAGUACACAAGUCGAGAGAAGAAAAUCAGUGAAUUAAAGGUGUCGCCAGCAGCUCUGACAGAUGCCAAUCAAAUACAUCCUCAUUUAGAUGUAACAAAGGAAGUUAUUGAAAAGUUAGAGUUUCCGCCAAUCACAGGGGGUUCAUGAGAAUGAGCAUCUUCUACUACAUGUGAUUGGAUAUUUUUACCCAAGACAAAUAAUACAGAAUGGACAAGAACUUACAAAGGAAUGGAGAGUCUGGACUUUUGAGUUACUACUACUGUAUUGCAAUGCACUUCUGAGCUGUGCUCUAAUUUUUUCUAGGAUGGUUAGAGUAAUGUCACCUAAUUAUUGAGGCACCAUAGAACCAUGUUCAUUUCCUCCAUGUUGUAUAAUACUGUUGAUUCUUCUAUUAAAGAUCAAUAUUUUAACACAUGGUUAUACUGGAAAUAAAAUUAUUUAUCUAUGAUUUGAACAAUCAAUUUGAAAUAUAUUGAAUAUAAUGUUGUUCUGAAAACAUUUCUAAAAUUUCUAAUAAAUAUUUUCAAACAAGUACCGAUAUACAAUA